AUUGAUUCUUUAAACUAUAGCUUGAACAUAUUAAAACACAAUUUGAUAAACAUUAUACUUCACUUAAACGUCGUUUUGAUGAUAGUGAAACAGAAAAUGAACGUCUUAGUGCUCAAAACCGUGCAGCAACAAAACAACUUCUUUUAUAUAAAGAUCUUAUUGAAGCACCAGAAAAUUCUGAUUCAUCAAGUCCAAAAAAAGAUUAUCAACAAUUAAAAUUAACAAUUGAUUCAAUUUUAAAAGAAAAUGAACGUUUAUAUGCUGAAUUACAUGAUUUUAAAACAAGUGAUCCUGUUUAUGAUCAAGUUAAAUUAUUAGAAACAGCAAAUAAACAUUUAAAACAUGAAUUAAUUCAAAUAACAAAUCAAAAUAAUCAAUUAAAAAAAUUUGCUAAUAUUGAUGAAAUCAAACAUUUAAAAAGUCGUCUUUCAAAAACAUCUGAUGAAAAUGAACAAUUAAGAUUAUUAAAUAAAAAACUUAUGAAUGAAAUCGAAUUACGUCAACAGCAAUCACAAACACCAUCACCUAAACAGGUACGUGAUUCUCUUCAUCCACUUUCUCUACAACAACAACAACAACUACAAUUACCACAUUCACCAGCUUCACGACGUUCGAAUAUCAGUCCAUCAUCAUCACCAUUUGCUCAAAGAUUCGGUGAUGAAAGUAGGUCAUUAUUAACAAUUCAAAAUAUACGACAACUUGAUACUGUAUCUGAUUAUCCCUUAUCACAUUCAUCGGCAUCAGCAAAUAUUGCUGAUUUACAUGAUCAUGUUCAUUUAUUAGAACAAAAAUUACAACAACGUGAUUAUGAAUUACAAACAUUACAGAUUGAAAUCGAAAAAGGUACAAGUUCAAUAAUGAGUUCAGUUGAAGAUCUAUGUAUAGCAUCAUCGACUGUUUCACCCACUCCACAUUCUCCAUCAUUAAAUCCUAAACUAUUAGCCAUAACAACAACAACAACAAAAAAUCAACCAACAAUUGAACAAUUACAAAAUGAUAUUGAUCAAUUACAUGAUAAAUUAGAUGAAUUAACUCGUGAAAAUCAAACAUUAAAAAAUCGUACACAAGAAUUUGAUACAAUUUAUGAAGAAAAUGAAUAUUUAUAUGCCGAAAAAAGUCAUUGGAAUGAAGAAAUUGAACGUGGACGUAUACGUGAAUUAGUAUUAGAACAAGAAAUUUAUUCAUUAAAAGAACGUGAAAAAGAAUUUCUUAUAACAAAUGAUUCAAAUAUGGAUAGCUCUAAUAUAACACAAUUAAAAUUAAAAAUUGAUUGGUUACAUCGAACAAAUAAUGAAUUAGAACUUGAAAAUGUACGUUUACGUGAACAAAUGGAUUUAAUAACACAAAAAUGUCAAGAAAUGAAAAAAGAAUUAAUACAUAAAGAUGAUCAUCAUAAACAAAUAUUAUCAAUUGUAGAAGAUAAACAACAAUUACCUGACGAAUUAAUUCGAUUAGAAAAAAUUAAAGUUAAUAUGGAAAAUCAAAUGGAAAAAGAAAGACAACAUCAUGAAAAAACGAUUGCAACAUUAGAAGAACAAAGUGAUAAAAGAGAACAAAAAUAUAGUGCUCUCUAUGAUACUAUUAUUAAACUACAAAAUGAUUAUCGUCAAAAAGAAUUAGAUUAUGUUCAACAAAUGGAUGAUGUUCUUAAACAACGUAGCGAACUUCAUAGUCAAUUAACUACACUUCAAAAUGAAUAUAAACAUAUUCAACAAGAAAAUAAAUCUCUUAAAGAAGAAAUUAAAUCAAAAGAUGAAAUUAGUCGUGAUCUUAAACAAGCGUUAACAUCAUCAAAUAAUGAUAUACAAACAACAUAUAAUCAAUUACGUCAAAUCAAUAUGAACCUAUCAGAUUUACAACAAAAAUAUGAUCGAGAUUUAGCUGAACGUAAUAAACAAAUUGAUAUUUUACAUAAUCAACAUAAACAAAUAAUUACAACUUAUGAUGAUAAUUUAUUAAAAACUCAACAAACAAUUAUUCAAUUGCAACAUGAUAACAAACAAUAUUCUAAUCAAAAUGAAAUAUAUCGAACAACUCUUGAGAAACUUCAAGCUGAACUUGAUGAAAAAAAAUAUUUUAUUGAACAGGUACAAAGUGAUUUAACAGAACGAUCAGCAUUACAUGUUAAUAUUAAUAAUCAAUUAUCACAAGAAAAUAAAGCACGAAUAACAAAAAUAGCUGAUUUAGAACAAGCUUUAUCUCAAGAACAACAACGUAAAAUCGAUUUACAACGAACAAUUCAAGAUUUACAAGGUGAAUUAUUGAAAUCUCGAACUAUCGCUAAAGAAUCAUUGGAAAAAAAUCAAGAACUUGAAAGACGUCUAUAUGAAACAGAUAAACAUUUUGAAGAAACAAUACGUAAUCAUUUACAUGAAUCAACAGAACCAACAAGACGUGAAUUAACUUCUCUAAGAGCAGAAUUAGUAACGAAAUCUGAUCAAGUAACAAUUUUACAAUAUGCUAUUGAUGAAGAAAAACUAAAACGACAACGACUUGAAAUGAAAUUAAAACGAUUAAAAGAAGAAUAUAUUAGUGUACGUAAAGAACUCUAUAAUCGUAUUGAAGAAAAUAAUUCCUUACAACAUGAACUUGUUGAAUGUCGAUUUAAAAAUGAUUUCAAUAUACAUAUGACAAAUCAAACAUUUAGUUCAAUAAAAUCUACAAAUGAAAAUGAACCUUCAACAGCUGUUCAACUUUAUUUAAAAGAAAAAACUGAUAGUCAACAAUGGCAAUUAAAAUGUCGAACAUAUCAACAUAAAAUUGAACAAUUACAAAAAAAUUAUGAAUAUACAAAAGAAAGAUAUAAAGAACGUUUACAUGAAGAACGAGAAAUCUUCGAACGUACUAAACAUAGAUAUCUUGAUCAUCUUAAAAAUGUUCAAAGAGAUCUACAUGAAACACGACAAUUAUUAGAAAAAGAUACCGAAUUAAAAUUAAAUCAAGAAUCAGCUUAUCAACAAUUAAUUGAUGAACGACGACAAUUAUUAACAAGUAUGGUUGACAAAGAUGCAAAAGUACGUGAAAUGCGUCGUGAAAAUCUUCUAUUAACAUCCAAAAUUCAAUUAUUAGAAGAUCAAAUGGAAAAUUUAAAUGAACGUGUUGAUCGAACAUUACGUGAACGAAAUCAAUUUCGUCGAGAAAUAAAUAGUGUUCGACUUGAUAGUAAUCUUUCAAUCGAAACUGGUUCUCGAUCUCCUUCAAGUCCAUCUCCAACACGAGCAACAAUAGCUUUUGUUGAAUCAAGUUCACGAAAUCAACCUGUUCAUUAUACUGAAUCAUUUGGUUUUAAUAAUGGUCAUCCAACAGAAACAACAUCUGCUUCUUAA